CAACAGAAGAACAACAGAAAAAGACGUCUUUUAUGUGUCAAUCAUAUGACUGACUGAAGAAUCCCUACUGAAGACUGUCUGCAAUAUCAGUUGUUAAAAGGCGUGUCUUAUAUAUAUAAGAGUCAUUCGGCGAACGGGAACUGUUGGACAUCAUCAUCAUUGGACACUUCGCCGGCGAUUAUCUCAUCACAUCGUAAUGGAUGCCCGACAACGACUUAAUAAUAUGCGGUUCAGAUCGCGGCCAAAGUCUAAUCAGAUGAGAAGCAUUAGAAGAAAACCGAUGACAAGCCGACAGAUGAUGACGACAACGACGACGACGACUAGGGUUAACGAUUUGAGACAAUUGAUUACCAAUAGAGACAAUACUAUUAAUACUACUACUACUGCUGCAAGAAGUGGUCGUCCAAACAAUGUUCAGCGGAUGAGACUCAAUGGUAAAGUCGUAUUGAAGACGACGAGAAGGACGGCUAAUGUUGAACAACAACAACAACGAAACGCACGAAGAAGUAGUGGCGGCAGCGGUGGUGGCCAAGCAUUGCAACAAAGAGUCACAAAUAAAAUCGUGACAUUGACUAAGACACGCAACAAUCAGCUGAUUCCCAAAGUUAUGGUCGAUUUGUCGCAAAUCGAUGUCAAUAAUUCGCGAAACAGACAAAAUACAAGUAAUUUAAGACACAAUCGCAAAGAUUUUGCCAAAAAUGGGACCAAAAGCACUGUAUCACCGAAUAAUCAGUCGAUAAUUUUUCCCGAACUGAUUACCCGACCAUUGGACGCAACCUAUGUGUUGACCUCACCGACAGCUGUCCGCACCGCUCACAGUUCAGUAGCCGACGAAUCGAGCCGUACGGUUCUGGUCUCGAAUCUCAACCAAUCGAUAACCCAAAGAGAUAUUAAUGAUCUUUUCGGAUCAAUCGGACCAUUGGUCAGUGCAUCCAAAGUGACCAGUUCGGCCGCAUUGGUAGUAUACCAAACAUUGGCCGACGCACGCAACGCGUGUAAAACAUAUCACAAUCGGCUGCUGGACCGCCAGCCGAUGCACUGUACUAUACUGGCCAACUCUGGCAGCGAGUUUGCCGCCGUCGAGACGUCGCAUCCAACUACCGCUGCAACGUAUUAUGUCGGCAGUCAGGAAUUGUUGGCCUCGCAGUUGCGACAUAUCAAUUCAUUGCAAUCACCGAUGAGUGGCCUCCGGGGUUUCGGUGGCCAAUAGGUUAGCCAAACAUAGAGAAAAAACUAUCCAUCACUGUAUUAACUACUCGUUAAAAUAAAACAUUAACAACAAAACAAAAUUAUUAUAAGAAAACAAUUCAAAAAAUUAUAUUAAUAUUUUAGAUUUUACUCACAUUUAA